AUGAGGGUAGCCUUCGGAGUGGCUAUGCUAACUCCAGAGAGCAUGGGCAAGCGGAGCAGCCACUGCGACAAAAGCAACGAGAAACGUAUGAUAGCAUCGAGCGGAGUGACCUGGAGGUGUGGUCAUGACCUUGGCGAAUUUCGCCGAGAGGUCUCUGCCGAAGCUCAGCGUGCCGACCACGGUAUCAGCCAAUUUGGGGCACAUCUUCUAAAUGGUAAAGCUCGAGCUGCGAUGGCGUUGGACCUUAGGAAGCUGGCGUGUCCAGGGACUGGCAUGGCGGUGCUAUGCAAGGCUAGAUAUUUCAAUACCCCGGAAGGGCCAGAAGAGUGGAUCUCGGGCCGUUCAUCGACCAUGCUUUCAGAAGAUAGUCACUUUGGGAGAUGUCGCGCAUCCGUGCUAGAGGCAAGGGAAUGCUCGAAUUGGAUAUCACAAACCAUCCAUCGUUAUCAUCACUACAUUCUCCUAGCACCCCCAGUAGCCCAAAACCCUUCUCUCAACCUACCUGUCCCUGUUCAACACAUCAUCAAAAGCUCUCGGACUCACACUGACCGCCCUCUCUUGCCACCCCGGCUCAAUGUGAACAAGAUUUUAUCAACCCGAAUACUUUCCCAACACAAGAUUAUCCACAGAAAGCCAUGUACUGUGACUGAAGAUGGCCCUAUUGCGAGACCGAUUCGAUAA